AUGGUGGAAGAAGAGUUGGGUGAGACCUCCUUCUCCACUCAAGAUACCUCUGAAGGAAAAGCACAAAAUGAAGAAAAGCAAACUGAAGCAACACAAGCAUCUAAGAAUAGUGUGUCAGAACAAUAUAACUUUGGUGCAGCAAGGAUAGAUAACAGUAACGAAGAGAUGAAAACAGCACACACAAUCAUAGCACUCAACAGAGCCAUAAACAUUGCAAAGAAAUACCUGGCGGGAAAAAUAGAUACUGAAUACACAGUAUCACAGGUGAAUGAGUGGCAAGAAACGAACAUACAAACAGCAGAGCUUCUGUCAUUCAAGCUCACAAACAAGUCCCAGGGCAUCAACCUAGUCCAUUGGUUUCAAGAAAUACGCAACCUAAAAACAG